UUAUCUAUGAUUUUUAAGGUUAUUGAUAGUGACAUUGUUUCUUUGCAGUACAAAUUUUUGUGAUCACAAGUUUUUGACCUUUUUUUAUUAUUUACAGAUGUUAAAAGUUUGUUUGACAGUACUCUGUUUUACUGUUGAAGAUGGACUUCGACGACGAUGAAGCAGAGCAGAUAUUCCUACUGGAAGUGAUCGUGAACAGCAUCAGUCUAUCCGACAGGGGCAAUUACAAUGCCAAGUCGCCACUCACUGUUGGUGUUAAGUUCAUCGGACACCCCUUGAUGGACAUUCGACAGGAUGAGUUCUCCGACGCACUCACCACAGUCAAACAUGACGUAUUCACUUGCGGCAAGUCCUAUCUUUUUCCAAUCCUGCCUCGGAAACUACUUGCUGGUAUUGAGAAGAGUCCUUUGAUCCUGACUGUGUAUCACACGCUCCCUGAUACUCUGGGACAAACGGACAUCGAUCUGUCCGAGUGCAUGGGAGAGAUGAUCCGUGGUGUGAUCAAGAGCCCUGAAGAGGUGCCAGUUGCCAGGUAUCUGAAAGGCGUACACUUACUGGUAGAUGCCAACAACAAGAAUACAGGAACGAUAUCUCUCUUCGUGCGUCUCUCUUGCCUCGGCCAGAGUAUCCUUUCCCCAGUCCAGAUACUCGAGGAACAGAAAGCAUACCUCUUCAAGAACACCAUGAUCGACUUAUCUAGGACAACUGAGCAGUUCAGUGGGGCCACAAGUGGGGACACAAAACGCCCACAGCCAUUGACAUUUGGCUCACGAUCACGACUGGUGAAACAACUAGAUGAAGAUGUCAUGACUGCCAGGCUUCCAAUAAUGUACAGCCUGAGUGAAGCACAUAGUCUUUGCAAUGCCGGGACAGAUACCAAAUCCAAAGAAACUAACACCGGAUGUCACGAACAGUUCACAUUAAAAAAUAUUUUUUAUGAGCUGAACAAAAUAGGGAAUACCGAACAGUCGCCAUUGCAGGAUUCCACUUGCCAGGCCACUACCAAAGACACUUGUGAAGAGCCUGGUUAUGACGAAGGUGGUAUGAUGUACAAACUGUCCUAUUUCCAGAAUUACCAAGAUGUGGAUGUGAAAGUCACUCGAGGGGAAGCUCCGAAUGACCGACCGUUGUUCUACUGCACACCGAAUGAAGAAUUCCCUAAUCAGCAAAAAGAUUUGAUGCAAGAAUGCAAUGGAUGUUCGAGUGGUUCUCGCCAAGCACCAUUUCCAGCACAGCAUCCAGACGGUCCCACCCAGACGCAACACACUGCAACCACAUGUUCUUGCAACCAGGGCAAUGCCUGGCGGAAAUCUCCGCAGAUACAAAGUGAAAUGUUUUCGCGCACUCCUGCAGUACACUCAUGUGCUUGUGACGAUAGGAAUCGGCGACCAUUGCCAGCACCCACUAUAACUCAGCAGAAACAAGUGACAGCUUCCGAGGUGCAGACACCAAGAACUGUAUGCAGAUGCAACCAAGAAGGCGCAGGCGGAGCAUCCAGGAAGUCGCCGCAAGUGGUGUGUUUCCCUUCGACGAGGACAAGGACUACCCAGGGUAGUGGCGAGAACUCUGUGGAGGCCACGGUCCCGGCGGCGCGGCACCGAUGUACAUGCAUCUACAGCAAGCUCGGGGAGCAAGAGGCAGGCGCGGCUGAGGACCAGGAGAUCAGUCUCAGCUACACGCCUCCUCACCCGCCGGUGAGGCAUGACACGACCAGCUGCCUGUCGCCCGCGGGCAGAGGAGAGCCCCCAGUAGAAGCUCGCCCGCACCCUCCAGUCAGGUACGACACGACAGGUGUAUUGUCGGCGGCUCACAACCACCCUCCGGUCCGCUACGACACCACGGGCGUGCUUUCGCCGGCCGCGGGGUUGUACGGGGAUCAGACCGUGGAGGACCAGGAGGAGGAGGAGGAGGAGGAGGAGGAGAAGCCCCCAGCAGUGAGCACCACCUGCACGUGCUGCUGCUGCUGCUGCUGUCGCUGCACCUCGUGCGUUUGCCGCGUGAAGGUGACCACGCUGGUGGAGCCCCCGCGCAUAGCCCUGAGCAAGUCGCGCCGCUACUUCCCCGCCUUCAAGCCUGACCCCAGCAAGCCGCCACGGCCCCACAGCUGCCCCUUUUCGGCGCCGACACCAGUGCCGCCGCACAUGGGGUGGCUAUGGACCCACUCCGACCUGCCGCUGCAAGCCGGUUGGCGGCCCGGCUACAUCUCGCUGGCGGCGCAGCGCAGGAUGCGGGAGGCGGCGCUGGGCCGCACGACAGAUCCCCGAGCGCCAGGGGGCCGCCGGCAGCGCCGGGCCAAGAAGGCCAGGUCGAGGACCCGGAAGCCGGUCACGGACGCCACCGUGCACGUGGUGCAGCGCGACGGGCGCUUCUACGUGACGCUGGUCGACCAGGACCAGACGGGCGAGCCCAUGCGAUUCCGAGCGCCGGGCUGCGGCGACGCCGGCGACGCUGCCAGCGAGCACAGCUGGCCACGUAGCGACAGGUCGUCGGACAUCAAACUGGAGGUCAUGAGCCCCGCGGACCUGGCGCCACCACCGGAGCCCGCCGCCCCCUCGCGCAACGCGGGCGUGCAGUUGGAAGAGGGCGACCUGCCGCCGCCUCCAGAGGUGGACGUCAAGCCCCUGCGCCCACGCAAGAAGGGCAAGAAGUGAAGAAGCCCUCCGCGACAACUUAUCCUGCCUUCACCUCACUUCCGUCUGCGGGUGUUGUAACACUACUAAACUUGUGGCUUCGUGGGACAACCAUUGAAUACUUGCAUAGUGUGGAUGAUUUCUGUAAUAUAUUUGCUAGAAAAAAAUCCCAAGUCCAUUGUCCAUUACCAAAAAAUUAAAACUAAUAGAGUUUGUGAAAUGUUUGCAUAUGUUAUAUAAAUAGAAAAUAAAGGAAGUUUGUACUUGA